AGUUUGACAAAAAAUUGCACAGUUAUUGGAUUUUUGUGACUUUUAUUUGGUCAUAGAUGACGGCAAACACAGCCGCCUAUAUAACAUGUGCAGUUCGAUCAAUCUUAUGUUUUAACCCCUUUUCUUAAAGAUCCUUAUCAACUGUCCAACGUAGUGAUUUGGAAAUAUGAAUCCUCAGUUGAUGUUUCUGAUGUUGUUGUUGUUACCUUGUGUUGUUUUGUCAUCACAAGAUAGUGAGUUGAUUCCUCCAAGAUGGGAUGUUUAUGACAAUGGGAAAAUUUAUGAUAUUACUCACAGGAUUACUGCAGCAACACCCACUGGGAUCUCUCAAACUGGGAUUGGGGAAGAUUACCUUAGACUCCAUGACAGUAUGAGGAACGGGUCGGAUUACAACUUCUCGAUUAUUAAGUUGCCUGCUCAUUCUGGUACUCAUGUUGAUGCACCUGGGCAUUUUUAUGAGAAUUACUAUGAAGCCGGGUUCGAUGUCGAUAGUCUUGAUUUGCGGGUGCUCAAUGGUCCAGCUUUAUUAGUUGAUGUUCCAAGGGACACUAACAUAACAGCUGAAGUAAUGAAGUCGUUGAACAUUCCAAAGGGAGUAAGGCGUGUGCUUUUCAGAACAUUAAACACUGAUAGGCGGCUAAUGUGGGAAAAGCGAUUUGACACAAGCUAUGUGGGAUUUACGAAGGAUGGAGCCCAGUGGCUGAAGGACAACACUGACAUCAAACUUGUUGGUACUGAUUACUUAUCAGUUGCUGCAUAUGAUCAUCUGGUUUCUGCUCAUCGUGUCUUCUUAAAAAACAGAGCUCAACAUGCUUUUUCCUUUUCCAGCGAGAUUGCAACUAUAAGACGGUGUGGUUUGUUACAACUUACAUUUAACCAUGUCGCGCCGCAUCAAAACUAUAUUUUUGUGAGGACCAGUAUGAGUAAAUGUGUAUUUGUAACUUCAAAACUUCUUAGAAAUGGAAAUACUGCAAAUAUUCCUAAGCUGCCGUAACGAAAAAUCUUGCAAACUCAUGGGACAUGAUACGUAUCUUCCAACUGAGAAAUGUUUUUGCACAAACUCACACAACUCAAUGUUGUGUAAAUUUGCUGGUAUUUGUCUAGCUGAAACUAUUAAUACUGCUAUGUUUUCAAUGCUGUGUAAAUUUGCUUGUUAUUUGU